CAACAACUUUAUCAAGAUGGGCUUCAAGAUGGCUAACAAGGCUCCAAUGAAGGAGGAAAAACCUCCUGAAAAACGCCGUGUAAAUGGUUUUCACCCAAAAGAAAAUGGAUAUAUGACCUCAGAGAGUGAUGCUGUCAAGCCUAAAAGUGUUGAAUUCCACGAGGAGUUCGAGGAAACGCCGCUCAUGGUAGCAGUUUUGACAUACAUCGGCUACUUUGUGCUUGUCGUGUUUGGCUAUCUGAGGGAUUUUAUGAGGAACUAUGGCAUAGAGAAAUCAAAAACUGGCAAAGAACUUGGAAAUGAAGGAUUUGUUCCACUGUAUGCAGACUUUGAAAGCUUUUACACCAGAAACUUAUACAUCAGAAUACGAGAUUGCUGGAACAGACCAAUUGCUAGUGUUCCUGGUUCACAUAUCAGUAUAGUCGACAGACAGACAGAUGACUAUGGCUGGUCAUUUAGAUUUGAUGGCAAUCAAACAAAAGCUCUCAAUCUUGGAUCUUAUAACUACCUGGGUUUUGCUGAAAAUGAAGGAGCUUGUGCUGAAUCUGCCGAGCAAGCAGUGAUUGAAAGUGGGCUGGCAUCAUGUAGUACAAGACAUGAAUAUGGCACACUUGAUAUUCAUGUAGAGUUAGAAAAAAUGGUAGCAAGAUUUCUUGGUAAGGAAUCAGCAAUGGUGUUUGGAAUGGGGUUUGCUACAAACUCUACAAACAUCCCCAUCCUUGUUGGCAAAGGAGACCUUAUUAUCAGUGAUGAACUUAACCAUUCGUCUCUUGUCCUCGGAGCAAGACUUGCGAAUGCAAAAAUCAAAGUGUUCAAACACAAUGAUAUCAAAAGUUUAGAAAAGAUAUUGAAAGAUUCAGUAGUCCAAGGCCAACCCAGGACUCAUCGGCCAUGGAAGAAAAUCUUGAUAAUAGUAGAGGGUGUAUACAGCAUGGAGGGCUCCCUAGUCCGUCUUCCAGAAAUAGUUGCUUUGAAAAAGAAGUACAAAGCUUACCUGUACCUAGAUGAAGCACACAGUAUUGGAGCCAUAGGGAAGACAGGUAGGGGYGUGGCAGAGUAUUUUGGCGUCAACACAGAUGACAUUGAUAUCAUGAUGGGAACUUUUACCAAGAGUUUUGGUGCUGCUGGGGGAUAUAUUGCUGCCUCUGAGAAAAUAAUUAACCACAUUAGAGCAAGCUCACAUAGUGCAGCAUAUGCAUCGUCCAUGUCACCUCCAGUUGUUCAACAAAUCUACACCAGUAUGAAGAUAAUUAUGGGAGAAGAUGGCACUGACAGAGGGCGACAAAGAAUCAGGGCCUUAGCUGAAAAUACAAAAUACUUCAGAACUCGUUUAAAGGAAAUGGGAUUCAUUAUUUAUGGGCAUGAUGCAUCACCUGUUGURCCAUUGCUGUUAUACAUGCCAGCCAUUUGGUCGGGAGAUGCUAAAGAGAAAGAUAGGCGUUGUUGUAGUUGGCUUUCCAGCWACACCAAUCAUUGAAUCAAGAGCAAGAUUCUGCUUGUCAGCUGCGCACACAAGAAAAAUGCUUGAUGAAGCUCUGGAAGCAAUUGAUGAAGUUGGAGACAUCCUACAGUUGAAAUAUUCAAGAAAACCCAAACCUCUCAAGUCAUCAAAUUAGACUUCUAUGUUUGGCAUUUUAUGUUAAACUGUGCURCUUUCUGCUACACUGUAGAUGGAAAUGUAUUCCCAUGAAAUACAAGAUAAUUUUUAUGUAUAUAGUGACGUCCGAAAUGUAUGGUACAUUGUAGUGUACAAAUAUAAAUAUAAAUCCAUAAAACAAAUAUAACUAUAUUGUUUUCGACAGGAUUAAUUAGUACAGCAUAGUGCAAAAUUCGUACCUGCAAAAUUUAAGUGCACUAAUUAUAUUUGUGAAAUACUAAUAAGUAAUUGGACAAAAGUACACUAAUUUAACAUAUCAAGUAAAGACAGAGGAUUUUAKUAAGCAAUCCAUUUCGUGAAUAUGAUUAAUUCACUUAAUAUUAGGAUGUAAAAUAAGUUACGUAGUUUAGCAUUAUGUUGGUAGCUAUUUAGAGUCAAUUUUGUAUGAGUGUGAAACGUAAGGUAGAAGUUACUGUACGGUUACCGCACAGUUACAGGACCUGGCCUGCACAAUUUUUGUGAACCAAUGGGGUACUAGAAUUUGGUUACAGUAAGGUUACSRUCACAGUACAGUACCGUCYGUUUCCCACUCAUACGAAAUCYGCUCUAUUUUCAUGGGUAUAUUAUUUGCACUUUAGCUCCAUUAGAUUGUAUAUUUACACAAUAGAAGGUUUUAAAAGUAGAGUGAAUUGUACCAAAGGUGUUCUUAAUAAUCUUCAUGUUAGUUGACCAUAAUUCUAUAAAGGUGUCUMAAUUUCUUACCAAAAUAACUGUUAUAAGUUUUCAGCAUGAUUUUCCCUUAAACAUGAAAGAAUAUAAUUAUAAGUAUUGCUAAUGGUUGGAAGUAAUGUCUUUCUUAGAGGCAAUUUUUUAAUAUUUUUUUUAUUAACCGGAGUGAUUUUCAUUAACUCUUUAAACACACUAAAAUAGAGUGCUACACUUUGUUCUUUAUUUUGUUUUUCAUUGAUUUUUUUUUUGUUUUACAGUUCUUUUAUGGAUUAACGAACACCACUCCAGAAUCAUGUACACAUUGUGUUUCUUUGUACAGAUGACAAUAUAUUAUUUCUGUUAGUUUCAAUGAAAAAUAUCACUAAUAAUUGGUUCAACUGAGAUGGUAUACUUUUGCUGUCAAGCGAGUCAAGCAAUGAGUGAUAUCAGCUAUAACUCCUCAAUAGGUUUUAAGGUUAUAAUCACAUAGCUAAUUAAAUGAUUCAUAAAAACAAUAUUAUUGUACGAUGCCUCCUCACAAUGCAGGCAGGCUUGAUGCCAUCUUCCAAGAAUCAAAAUAACAUUUUAAGCACAAUAUCUUUAAUUUCAAAAGAUAAAUAAUUUAAAUAAUAUUGAGCAUUGCAAAAAGAAACUCUGAUAUUUUUUAUUUAAAAGUACUUUAUGAUUGUUUUGUAAAAUUUCAACUUCUACCCAGUGUGGUGAUUGAAAAAUAGCAAUAAUUCUUACAAUUUUAGCCUUUGAAUUUUCAAAAAUAAAGGUUCAAAGAAACUACA